AUUUCUUCACUUCUAAUUACAUGAUAGAAAAAACCACACAGUUCCUGCGAUCAUAUGGUUUCUAGCGAUUAUGACCCAACGGAACAAUAUCCAAGCCAAUUUGCGGUCACAAUCAAUCUCGAUUCGCGAAGUAAACGAACCCGAGAUGAAAUUAAUAUGCAACAGAAUCCCUAUCAAAUGAGCUGCACCACGCACGGCGCACGCGCCAGUCGAUCUCGCACGCGCGGCCCGAGCGCAUGUGCCGCCGCCGUUCCAAACUCCAAAUUUAUAAAUCGUAACCGUCAAUCGUAAUACCGGCCAGUGACAAUCCAAAACUAGUGAUGCGAUUUGUGUUUUUUUUUUCUAAAUGAAAGUGAUCGAUUAAUAAUCGAGUUAUAGGAAUGCGUAGAAAUCGUUUCGCACGAACGAACGGGUGGAAGACCAUCAUGGAGUAACCGCUGAAAACAAAUGAACUAAACAAAAAGCCAAAAUGAACCGCGACUAUUACAAAGUGUCGUACACGAGCAACCGCAUGCCGACCAUCUCCGACGAUGUCCUCGACAACGUCGUCGACACAGAGUUCAACGCGAACCAGUUCAAGUUGUUCGACGACUUCACGACGGACCUGAGGAUCCACUUCAACUCCAGCAGCUUCCGUAGGAGAGGCGACCCGAACGACUCAGGCGUUGAUAUGGAGAACGGGAAUCCGAUGGAUGACGCCAAUGAUACUGAUUUGUUGGAGAACGAAGUGAUGGUAGACCCCUGGAGCAGCAUGGACUCUUCAAAUUCGCCGUUAACUGACUCCGUACCAUCAGCCAGCGAUGACUGCACCCCGUCCACCUCCAGCGAGCCGCCGCGGAGUUCGCAGGAUCCUUCCCCUCUGUCUCCCGAAGCGCGCCGCCCUAUUGACUCAAAACACCCCAAACCCCCUCAGACUCUACCCCCCAGAACGGACAAAGCGCGCUCUCGGGACCUCACACUAGCCCUGGAUUCCGACCCGCUCCCUCGCCGGCACUUCCUCGACGACGAUUACCAGAACCCCUCCAAAUCUAACAUCGAAUGUCGGAUCCCCAAACCACAUUUCCUCGACCACUCGCCAUCGCCCGAUGAAUUUGACGAGCGCAGCGACAUCACCAACCCCAACUUCCUCGACGACGAAGCCGAGGACGACCAAGCGCAAAAGAAAGCCGGCGCCCUCCCCAAGAAAACCACAAAGACUCCCACAUAUUUACCUCAAGAAGAACGACCGCAUAGGACUAGUUACCGGAGUACGCUACAUUACGGCUUAGAAAAUGCGGCGAGAUCUAGUGAAAGAGACAAAAGAGCCUCGCAGCUGUACAGAGGGACGUGGCCCGGCGAACGGGACAUUUGGACCGGCCACGACUCCGCCAGCGUCCGGAGUUUCUCCAGCAACGGUUCGGCCGACGGACACCGGCCCUCAUCCAAUUUGGAUAACAAAAUGGACUGCGUCAUCUCUCUCAUCUCCCUUCUUAGCUUAUCGCCAGAGAACAACGCCGACCUGAGCGGACCUUUACUAGAAAUGAGCAGAUCAGUAGAAAGCUGUAUCGCAAUGAGACAAGCCGGCUGCAUACCCUUACUAGUGCAACUGAUCCACUCUAAAGUACCUAGAGAGACGCGAGACCGCGCCGCAAAGGCGCUGCGGAACAUAAUCCACACUCAAACCGAUGACAAAGCCGGCAGACGAGAAGCGAGAGUCUGGAGACUACUCGAACAAGUCAGAGAAUACUGCUACAUCUUAGAAGAUGUCGUAGAAAACCGGAAAGAAGGGAAAGAUGUUAUUGAAGACGAUGGAACUAAGCAUCCAAGUCAAAGCGUGGCUGCAUUGAUGAAGCUGUCCUUUGAUGAGGAGCAUAGGCACGUGGUGUGCCAACUAGGUGGUCUACAAGCUCUUGCGGCGUUAGUGAGUGGAGACCAAGCAGCCCACGGGAGUAGAACCGAUGAUAACACGUGCUUGACGAUGAGGAAGUACGCCGGCAUGACGCUGACGAACCUGACGUUUGGUGAUGGCAACAACAAGUCGUUGUUAUGCUCGUUUAAAGAAUUCAUGCUGGCGUUGGUGGAGCAACUGGAGUCGCCCAACGAUGACAUGAGACAGGUAACCGCUGCUGUACUGCGUAACUUAUCGUGGAGAGCGGACACCAGCAGCAAGCAGGUCCUACGAGAAGUCGGAGCCGUGAAGGGCCUAACCAAAGCGGCCAUGACGUGCCAAAAGGAGGCCACCCUCAAGUCUGUACUCUCUGCCCUUUGGAACCUCACCGCCCACUGCUCCAUGAACAAGGUCGCCUUGUGCUCCGUCGACGGGGCUUUAGGGUUCCUCGUCGAUAUGCUUAGCUACGACUCCCCCACCAAAACCCUCGCCAUCGUCGAGAACGCCGGCGGCAUCAUGCGGAACGUCUCCAGCCACAUCGCUGUCCGCGAAGAUUACAGGCAAAUUCUCCGCGAGAGAAAUUGCUUGAGUGUCUUACUGCAGCACUUGAAGUCCCCCAGUCUCACCGUCGUGAGCAACUCCUGUGGAACGUUGUGGAACCUCUCCGCGCGCUGCCCGCAGGACCAGCAGUUCCUAUGGGACCACGGAGCUGUGCCCAUGCUCCGCAGCCUCAUCCACUCCAAGCACAAGAUGAUAGCCAUGGGCUCCGGCGCGGCCCUCAAGAACCUCCUCAACUCCAAACCGGGAAAGACACACAUCAUCUCGCUAGACAGCACAGCGAGAACCAUGAACCUGCCUGCUCUGCCUACACUUGGAGCUAGGAAACAGAAGGCUCUCGAACAGGAGUUAGACCAGAACUUAGCCGAAACGUGUGACAACAUCGAACCGGCGACCUCCCCCACUACAAGCAACAGGGACGAGAAGAAUCUCUUCACGGCCACCGAGCGGCAGAUCGCCAUGAACCUCAACAGAAUGUCCUCGAGCUCGCCUUUAAUGGGAGCUCUGACCUCACAAAUUUCACUCAGCCACAGCGCGCAUCUCGCCAGUUACCUCAGCUGCAGUAACACGUUGCUAAAAGGCGCUUUAGUCACUCGAUCCACCACAGGAAGCUCUACUAACGUCAAUCGUUCCGACAGCAAGGAUUCCGUCACGAGCGCUCAUUCCGACACAGUAUUCGAAAGGGUCAUGCGCACUGGAAAAGUCCCCGUACCAACACCAAGAAACAAAGACUUGAUGAAGAGUGAAACAGGCGGCGAAGCGUUUAAAAUGACCUCCAAACCUUUAGCCAAAGACGGUUUCCUGCGAUACCCAACUCAACCCCCGAUACCACCACCAAGAACGACCGACAUGAGAACCAAUUACACAGAGUCUGGUUAUGACGUCGAUCAAGACUCUUGCGACCAGCCUAUAGAUUUCAGCAGAAAAUAUUCGGAAACUAAAACGAACGAGCUGGAUCCGUCUUUAGCUGAAGGCAAACCCAAAGCUACGAAAAAAUACAAGAAAGACAGUCCGAGCACCUUCGGAGACUACCAAGAGACCGAUUUAGACCAGCCAACGGAUUAUUCCCUCCGCUACGCUGAGCACCAAUCAGAAAACGGUUCAGAUAUCUCCGAGCCGGCCGGCCCGUCCGUCCACGAGGACACUAUCAAACACUUCGCCACUGAGGGCACUCCGUACGAAACCCCCAUCAUUUUUUCCACCGCCACCUCCAUGUCUGACCUUAGAGUCAUAGGCAAAGAUGGGAAACCAAAAUCAACACCAAGCGUGAAAGAAAACCCUGAAGUCAUGACGCAUUCGGAUGAAAAGGAUACUUGCUCUAUAGAAGAUCCUCCGAGACACGAUAACGACAGAGCGAUAGUCACUCCCCAAAACCCUGAGCCGAUCCCUGAGAAGCGAAGUGUGUUUGACACGAAGUUCAGUUCAGGGAUGAUAAGUCCAGAGAAACCAGUGAACUAUUGCGACGAGGGUACUCCUGGGUACUUUUCUCGAGUUAGUUCAUUGAGCAGUUUAGGAGAGCCUACAGAAGAAGACAGUUUGGCGAAGAAGAAUGCAAUGGCUACUAUUAACGUAGAGCCGAGCGUUCAGGACCAAAGCGCCAGCUCUUCGAAGGAUAAAGAAGGUUCAAAAGCGGUAACAUUCGCAACGGACCCAGUAGCAGGAAGCUCACAACCUUCCACGCCAGGCCGCUUCGUAGAAGACACCCCGCUCAUGUUCUCUCGCUCGUCCUCUCUGGGCUCGCUGCCUGAGGCAGACGAGCAGCCGGACCAGGGUUCGGUGCUGUCUGAAGUCAGCCGGCUGACGUCGGGCUGCAUCUCGCCGAGCGAGAUCCCGGACUCGCCCGGCGCGCCCGCCUCGCCGCGCGGCGCAGACCCCGCCUCGCCCCCGCCAGUAUGCGAACCGGAGUUGGACACCCGCGACUGUCGCGAAGUGUCCGUGUUUGAGGAGCGCACUUCGCAGUUCAUGGUGGAAAACACUCCAGCGCAAUGCUCCCCACCCAACCUGAGCAGUUUGAGCAGCCUCACCAUCGAGGAAGAGAUCAAGCCAUCACAGCUCAGCUUGAAGCUGUCGAGCGAAGCCAAAGGUUCCAAGAAUGACGGCAACGAACACUCGCCUGCACCCCGAGCUCUCCCUGUGAGGACGAUCAGUGAACCACUACGAGUUGUUUCAGGAACCCAAACCCCCGGCGACACCUGCCAAGUGUACUUCACAGAGGACACACCGGCCAUCCUGUCCAAGGCGGGCAGCAACUCCAACCUGUCCGUGCUGUCCAUCGACUCGGCGCCGCCGCGGAACGCUCCCGACACCUCCGACAGCAGCAACCUGAGCGACGCGGACCUGCUGGAGGACUGCAUACAGAAGGGGAUCGCUAACGUAUGUACUACCCGGCCCUGCCCAGUGUCCUCCACAGAGGACACACCGGCCAUCCUGUCCAAGGCGGGCAGCAACUCCAACCUGUCCGUGCUGUCCAUCGACUCGGCGCCGCCGCGGAACGCUCCCGACACCUCCGACAGCAGCAACCUGAGCGACGCGGACCUGCUGGAGGACUGCAUACAGAAGGGGAUCGCUAACGUAUGUACUACCCGGCCCUGCCCAGUGUCCUCCACAGAGGACACACCGGCCAUCCUGUCCAAGGCGGGCAGCAACUCCAACCUGUCCGUGCUGUCCAUCGACUCGGCGCCGCCGCGGAACGCUCCCGACACCUCCGACAGCAGCAACCUGAGCGACGCGGACCUGCUGGAGGACUGCAUACAGAAGGGGAUCGCUAACGUAUGUACUACCCGGCCCUGCCCAGUGUCCUCCACAGAGGACACACCGGCCAUCCUGUCCAAGGCGGGCAGCAACUCCAACCUGUCCGUGCUGUCCAUCGACUCGGCGCCGCCGCGGAACGCUCCCGACACCUCCGACAGCAGCAACCUGAGCGACGCGGACCUGCUGGAGGACUGCAUACAGAAGGGGAUCGCUAACGUAUGUACUACCCGGCCCUGCCCAGUGUCCUCCACAGAGGACACACCGGCCAUCCUGUCCAAGGCGGGCAGCAACUCCAACCUGUCCGUGCUGUCCAUCGACUCGGCGCCGCCGCGGAACGCUCCCGACACCUCCGACAGCAGCAACCUGAGCGACGCGGACCUGCUGGAGGACUGCAUACAGAAGGGGAUCGCUAACGUAUGUACUACCCGGCCCUGCCCAGUGUCCUCCACAGAGGACACACCGGCCAUCCUGUCCAAGGCGGGCAGCAACUCCAACCUGUCCGUGCUGUCCAUCGACUCGGCGCCGCCGCGGAACGCUCCCGACACCUCCGACAGCAGCAACCUGAGCGACGCGGACCUGCUGGAGGACUGCAUACAGAAGGGGAUCGCUAACGUAUGUACUACCCGGCCCUGCCCAGUGUCCUCCACAGAGGACACACCGGCCAUCCUGUCCAAGGCGGGCAGCAACUCCAACCUGUCCGUGCUGUCCAUCGACUCGGCGCCGCCGCGGAACGCUCCCGACACCUCCGACAGCAGCAACCUGAGCGACGCGGACCUGCUGGAGGACUGCAUACAGAAGGGGAUCGCUAACGUAUGUACUACCCGGCCCUGCCCAGUGUCCUCCACAGAGGACACACCGGCCAUCCUGUCCAAGGCGGGCAGCAACUCCAACCUGUCCGUGCUGUCCAUCGACUCGGCGCCGCCGCGGAACGCUCCCGACACCUCCGACAGCAGCAACCUGAGCGACGCGGACCUGCUGGAGGACUGCAUACAGAAGGGGAUCGCUAACGUAUGUACUACCCGGCCCUGCCCAGUGUCCUCCACAGAGGACACACCGGCCAUCCUGUCCAAGGCGGGCAGCAACUCCAACCUGUCCGUGCUGUCCAUCGACUCGGCGCCGCCGCGGAACGCUCCCGACACCUCCGACAGCAGCAACCUGAGCGACGCGGACCUGCUGGAGGACUGCAUACAGAAGGGGAUCGCUAACGUAUGUACUACCCGGCCCUGCCCAGUGUCCUCCACAGAGGACACACCGGCCAUCCUGUCCAAGGCGGGCAGCAACUCCAACCUGUCCGUGCUGUCCAUCGACUCGGCGCCGCCGCGGAACGCUCCCGACACCUCCGACAGCAGCAACCUGAGCGACGCGGACCUGCUGGAGGACUGCAUACAGAAGGGGAUCGCUAACGUAUGUACUACCCGGCCCUGCCCAGUGUCCUCCACAGAGGACACACCGGCCAUCCUGUCCAAGGCGGGCAGCAACUCCAACCUGUCCGUGCUGUCCAUCGACUCGGCGCCGCCGCGGAACGCUCCCGACACCUCCGACAGCAGCAACCUGAGCGACGCGGACCUGCUGGAGGACUGCAUACAGAAGGGGAUCGCUAACGUAUGUACUACCCGGCCCUGCCCAGUGUCCUCCACAGAGGACACACCGGCCAUCCUGUCCAAGGCGGGCAGCAACUCCAACCUGUCCGUGCUGUCCAUCGACUCGGCGCCGCCGCGGAACGCUCCCGACACCUCCGACAGCAGCAACCUGAGCGACGCGGACCUGCUGGAGGACUGCAUACAGAAGGGGAUCGCUAACGUAUGUACUACCCGGCCCUGCCCAGUGUCCUCCACAGAGGACACACCGGCCAUCCUGUCCAAGGCGGGCAGCAACUCCAACCUGUCCGUGCUGUCCAUCGACUCGGCGCCGCCGCGGAACGCUCCCGACACCUCCGACAGCAGCAACCUGAGCGACGCGGACCUGCUGGAGGACUGCAUACAGAAGGGGAUCGCUAACGUAUGUACUACCCGGCCCUGCCCAGUGUCCUCCACAGAGGACACACCGGCCAUCCUGUCCAAGGCGGGCAGCAACUCCAACCUGUCCGUGCUGUCCAUCGACUCGGCGCCGCCGCGGAACGCUCCCGACACCUCCGACAGCAGCAACCUGAGCGACGCGGACCUGCUGGAGGACUGCAUACAGAAGGGGAUCGCUAACGUAUGUACUACCCGGCCCUGCCCAGUGUCCUCCACAGAGGACACACCGGCCAUCCUGUCCAAGGCGGGCAGCAACUCCAACCUGUCCGUGCUGUCCAUCGACUCGGCGCCGCCGCGGAACGCUCCCGACACCUCCGACAGCAGCAACCUGAGCGACGCGGACCUGCUGGAGGACUGCAUACAGAAGGGGAUCGCUAACGUAUGUACUACCCGGCCCUGCCCAGUGUCCUCCACAGAGGACACACCGGCCAUCCUGUCCAAGGCGGGCAGCAACUCCAACCUGUCCGUGCUGUCCAUCGACUCGGCGCCGCCGCGGAACGCUCCCGACACCUCCGACAGCAGCAACCUGAGCGACGCGGACCUGCUGGAGGACUGCAUACAGAAGGGGAUCGCUAACGUAUGUACUACCCGGCCCUGCCCAGUGUCCUCCACAGAGGACACACCGGCCAUCCUGUCCAAGGCGGGCAGCAACUCCAACCUGUCCGUGCUGUCCAUCGACUCGGCGCCGCCGCGGAACGCUCCCGACACCUCCGACAGCAGCAACCUGAGCGACGCGGACCUGCUGGAGGACUGCAUACAGAAGGGGAUCGCUAACGUAUGUACUACCCGGCCCUGCCCAGUGUCCUCCACAGAGGACACACCGGCCAUCCUGUCCAAGGCGGGCAGCAACUCCAACCUGUCCGUGCUGUCCAUCGACUCGGCGCCGCCGCGGAACGCUCCCGACACCUCCGACAGCAGCAACCUGAGCGACGCGGACCUGCUGGAGGACUGCAUACAGAAGGGGAUCGCUAACGUGGUGAAAAACAAGCCGUCAAAAGACUUAUCCUCAGUCAAUUAUUCAGAUCGGGAUAACGUUUAUAGAUCACUGCCUCCGUAUCUCCGCACGUCCACCGAAACCGUGAAGAUGUCACACGAACAUGAAAGGAAUGUGCGAGUUAGUCCGAGUCCCUCGUCAUCUCCGCCGGCGCCGCCGCUGCCGCCCAAGGACUCGCACCACGCCGCGCCGCCGCGCCCGCCGCGCGCCCUCGCCGCGCACGCGCCGCCCGCACACACAGAACGCAGACGCGAAAGCCGCCUCCCAAUAAAAACAGCACGCAACCUCGAGAAGCCUCAACUCCCCGCCGCCACCCACGACUCCUCUAGCUCCCUCAGCCUCGACUCCUUCGGCUCCACCGACCGCGAGAUCUUCGAGGAGACCGUCCAGGCCGGCCUCAGCCACGCGAGACACUUCGACAAGGCACACUCUGUAGAGAGACCCACUGAGAACGUAAGACACACUAGACAUCAUAAAUCCCUCGAUAGAAGCGACAAAAUCUCGCAACAUCGACCUAAAGUUAAAGACGAGGAGUUCGAACGAAACCUCGCUUCGGGCGUCUAUAACAUCAAAAGCAGCUCCCGCGUUCGGAGGCUGGAGCAGGAGUUCGCUUUAACGAGAUCCCCAUACUCGUACCAUGGAGAGUCCUCCUCUAUGGCUCAUAGGUUUAGAGGCCACCACUCUAGAUACUACGACGACGGUCCGCCGAGCUUACCCGCAAGAAUCGACGAGCCUAGAAAACAGCUAGAGAGAAGCAACUCGUUGAGUUCCCUCAGCAACGAUUCCUUCGGAUCUACAGAUAAGGAGGUUUUCGAACGCUGCGUACGUAUGGGUAUGUCGAAAGCCCAGCCUAAGAGGAGCGAGAAACUCCGCGUGCGGAGCGACGACAGAUCCGAGCGGAGGAGACGCAGGGACAACAAGAGUCAGGGUGCGCUGGACAGGAUGGUCGGCGAGGACUCCCUCGACCGCGCGCUGCUGGAGGAGGUGAUAGCGCGCGGCGCGGGGGAGGGCAAGGCGGCAAAAAACGUGUGCGCGCCGUCGGCGGCCGCCCGCGCCGCCGGCGGCGCCGCCCCCUCCGCGACACGCACGCCUGGCUCUGAGGACCCGCUCGUCACCUCCCUCCCCUCUCUCGCUCCCUCGCUCGACACCUCGCGCGGGCCUCUCGCUUCCACGAUCACCAGUGACAGCCUCAACCGCUCCAAUGAGUGCCUCGCGCCGCAAUCUGCGAAUACGACUUUAGACUCCGAAGUCCGCGACGAACUUAACCGGUCCAACGAGUCUUAUGCGGACGUCCUCGACGGGUCUUGGAGCGACGAGCCGAGAAACUAUGAGGUGGCGACGUUGACGAGGAAGAAGCUCGAGUACACUGAUAUUAAAUACACGGAGAGGGCCUUCGAGGAGUCCCAACACGACACUUGGAACGAUAACACCUGCCCCGAUGAUGUGACGUUCCCGACUAUAAGCGGCUCCGUUCACAUGGUCUCCUCUAUUAGAAGUGAAAUCGCGGAUGCGGCCUUAGCGUUGCCGGAUUUACUAGAGAAAAGUGAACCGGUCAUGUCCACCCGACCCGAUCUCACCAACAAGUUGGACGAAGACACGGUCGCUUCAGAACUGCAGAUCACUGAAGAUAAUCAACUCAGUGAUGUCAUGCUUGAUAACAUUCCCGAACCCAGCUAUACCUCCCUAGUUGAUGACGGCGAACAGAAGUUUGACUCUUUAAUGGCGUCCGCUAUAGAGAAAGAAGCGGCCCGUUUAGCAGCGCAACUGAAAAGCUCCACAUACGGCAUGGAAAACAGUGUGACAUCACUAACUUCCUUGGACUUGGACAAUGUAAAACCACCAUCACAUUUAGGCAGUCUUCUUUCCUUGAGCGCUUCAGGCCAAUGGGAUGAUACGUCGAAGAAAUCCCAAAAAUCCCGCAAGAAAUCCCUCCCCGUUGCCAUGAUGGUUAAAAGAGCGCUCAGCAACUCCAUGCACCAAGGGAGCUCUGAACACUUGGACAGCAAUCCUGUCAGUUUUCUCGACAAUGUCAAACCACCUUCGGAAAUGGAGAAUUUGGACAUGGAAAGUAGCAUGGUGUCUGUGAGCAGCAUUGUGUCUGAGGUUGCAGAUAGAGAAAAGACUCCCGUAAUUUUUGACUUCAAACAGCCAAUUCAGGAUUUCCCUCUCUGUCACAACUUUAAUCUCCUAGACUUGGACAAAGUCAAUCCUCCAUCGCUGUUUGAUGAAAUGGCAGAGUCCACAGUAGAAAUAGAGCCUACAACAGCGCAUCAGUUGCACGAUGAAGCUUCUAGCACCUUAAAUGUAGUUACAGAUAUCCCGUCCGGUUCUGAAAACUGCACCCCUCUACCAUCAGACAUGAGCAGCGUAGAAUCUACUCCAAAGAAAACGAGAGACCCUAAAUAUUUGACCCCUAAAGAAAAACGAAAUGUCGCUAAAGAUAGAUAUCAAACUUAUACUAUAAUAGACCCACCAUCUGAGUCAGAUGUUCUGACAGUGGCGUCUGAAGAAUUUAUGACGUGGACCAAAUCAGAAAGCGACAGAUCAGACGACUACGUCACAGCUAAUUCAGAAAGUAAAUCAAAGAGGAAGAUGAGUGCUAAACAACGACGGUUAGAGGACAGAGCUAGGUAUCAAACGCAGACCGUCAACAUACAAAGCAUCAUACAGGAGACAAAGGCAGUCGAUCCACAAAUCGAGAGCUUAAAGCAGCGGCUAGCCGCCAAAAAGACCAUGAAACAGAAACGUAUGGAGGACGCAGAAAGAUUCAGGACUAGAACACUCAGCGAGGAUAUCCCUCCAUCCCCAACGUUUGUCACCAAAGACGCCAGCUUCGAAAACGUGGAAACAACUACAGGCUACGACAGCCUGUCUUCAAACGAGCUGAACCAUCAGCAAAUCAUCGACGACAGACAUGACGAUGUCUUUAGGGAAACUGAUAGCGGACACAACGAAGACGAUUUCGAACUUAACUCGACCCAAAUGCAAACAUACACUAAGAGCUUCAGAAACUAUCUUCCCGUCAUAGAGAGUCCGGCCGCGGUCGAUAUUUGCGUCGUUAACAACUUAAAGAACAUAGAAAUGACUGCAUCCUAUCGAAGAGCGCUGCAAAGUGACAAGGUUCAAAACCCGAGCAGCAGCGAUUUCGCCAGCUACGAAGGAGACACACAUUCCGACAACGAUUCUGAAGAAGAAACCGCUCCAAGACCUAAACCGAAGAUCACCAAACCAGAGAGACGAGAUGAAAGUCUAGAUUCCAACGAAUCACACGAGAAGGAGGAGCCUAAAGCGGUCAGGGGCAGGAAGAAAGCAGCGUACGUCUCUCCUUACAGACGAAGCGUACCUCCCGCUAAGAAACCCGCCACCACGCCAGCUAAGGCUCCAGUGAAGGCCAUAGUACCUCCUAAAUCUAGUGCCAAAGCUCCGAGCAGAACCCCCACGACUUCCAAACCACCCAGCGCUAAUACCUCACCUAAAAAGACCCUUAACAAAUCGCCCUCAAAAGUAGCUCAGAAAGCUGUCCCCGUUCCGCUAGUAGCUGGCAAACCUUUGCCUCUCGAACGACAGGGCACCUUCACUAAGGAAGAAAGCUCAGUUCCUGCUAAAGAUUUACCAGUUCCUGUAGCAGAGAAGAAACCAAUCGUAUCUAGAUACGCGAAAAGCACCCCUAAACCCGCUGUUAACAACACAUCUCCAUCUAGAUUGCCGCAACUUAACCGUUACUCGAAACCUCCCCUAAAGAAAGGCGGCAGCAGCGAAAAACCUGCGCCCAAACCCAAACCCGCCAUGAGGAACUCCGCUUCCAACCACAGCCUGCAGAGCAACGACAGCGCCAAAACUGUCACCCUCGCCUCCAGGGGAUCCAGACAAGGCAGCACUUCCAGCGUCAACAGCGUACAGUCUUCCAAAAUUAAUUCUAAAGAUGUGGAAAGCAAAAUAGCCAGUCUUUGGAAAAAGGUCGAGCAGACUAAGAAAGUAAUCGCCAAACCCGACAAGCGGGUUUGGAUCGAGAGUGACAAAUCCGAACAGCCGAAACUAAUCAGAAGUUCCACCUUCGAGGGCCAGCCCAAGCAAGCGCAAGUCUCCACUGCGCCUAAACAAAAAACUGCAAUAGGUAUCAAAGUAUCGCAAAUUCCCAGUUUGAGGCCGAAGUCUACGCCGUCGAAGAUCACCGCGCCUUCCGUGAAGAAACCGGUGACUACACGAGUGUUUACGAGAAAACCGGCCAACGGACAAGUCCCGUAGUGUGUCAAGUAUUAAAAAACUCAGUGAAUGAUGUUAGUUGUAUAUGUAUGAAAAACUUGUCGAUGAGAGAUGUCAUAGUUUCAACGAAUUUUUAGGCCGUAACUUGGUGUUUUAAAUUAAGACACAUUCGAUAGGCCGGGCAGUGUAAACCAAAACAGUUAUAACUCAAUCUUUCAUUGAUAAAAUUGUCAAUCGGUCACGGCCGUUUCCAAAAGUGAUGUGUAGAAAACUUGAGUGGAUUGGAUGCGAAAUUGAAUAUUUAAGGAAUGUUUGCAUAUUUAUUCAAAUUAUCGUUUAGGAUAAUGACAAUUAUGCUUGUUUAAGCAAGAUAAAUCGAUCAAUGUUUCACGACACAAGCGUCACAAAUCGUAUGGACUUUUAGUUGAUUUAGGUCGGGUAUGUUUGUUCAAGCUGAGACUAAUGUAUUCUAACAAUGACAUUUUCACAUUUUCGUUAAAAGCUUAGUCCCUCGACCAUGCAAUGAAAAUUAAAUGUAUCCCUUUUAUAUUUUAUAGAAUGUUAAUUUGAUUGCAAGUUUAAAAACCUCAGUUGUCAUUCUAUAGUUUAUUUUCUCUAUGUAUAUUUGUUGCAUUUAUUUACUUUGGGAUAUUGACAAUCCCUUUCUGACUGCAGUUUUAGUUUAAGAUAUAUUGUAGGUGGCGGAUGACAAAAGAAAUCAUGUAAAAUGAACCUUUACGGACAGAAAUAUCGUGUUGCGUAGGUAGGUAUGAAAUCUAGCUUAAUAUGUUUUAUGACAGAUUUUCUAUCACGUUAAGCGCUUUUUACUUAAUCUUUACAGUGUUAGUAAUUUAAACUAAGUCUUUUCCUAUCGAUCCCAUAUUGAGUUACCUUCCGACUAUCGGUUGGAAAACAUGAGUUUUCUCACUGAAUAUCGCAGAACGGUAAGCAUUAGCUCCAUUCAUUUCGAUGUAAAUAUUUCUCAUCAAAACUAGUUAAGGUUACCAAUAACACAAUUUGUAUAUUUUUCAUAAUAUCAUUACUUAAGUAACGCAAAUUGGAAUGUCACGUAGUUUUGCUGUAAAAAUGGGGGCAAAAAUGGUAUUUGUCUCAAUUUUUUACGUCUAGUCAGUUUUAAUGUUAUUUAUAAGCGUCAAGGUCACUCAAUGGGCUGGAUAUAGGUUGUUUUUUCCUUCCAAUUAUUAGUAGAAAUCAGUUUUACUUCUCUCCUUGAUGCAUAUGAAGACUAAGUAAAUCGUCACCAAUACUCGAGCUAAUCUAUGUCUACUUGUCAUUCAUAUCGACAUUGAUAAAUGGUUUAUUGGAGUCGAUAUAAAACAGUACGGCAGGUAAAAGUUAUAAUUAAACAUUCUAAGAAUAAGCAAAAAUGCUAUCGAUAAAGAUCAUAAGAUGACUGUUACUUUGACCAUUUCUGACAUUAAAGCAGUCAAUUAACCUUGUUUCACAAGUUACUAGUACUGUUUUAAAAUAGCUGUAUGUACAGUCACCGAACUAUUUGGCUACUUAGGUUGCUACAAAGUAUUUGACGCUGACUGUACCAAUAUUUUGUAGUAUUUUUUCGGACCCAUGGCUAGAUAGGCUGAAUAAGCUUCCCCGUGACGUAGUACUGAUUUUCUAACGUUACACGUAUUUAAGGAGCAUAGCAUAAUGUACUCGGUUAUCCGCUGCUGUAGCCAUUAUUCUGUUACGCCAGUUUAGGUAAAUAAUUAUAUAGUUAUAAGGUGCAUAUUUUGAUGGUAAUAAAUGAUAUUUACCACA